AUGUCCAUUACUAAUUCUGGUGUAUAUGAAUAUCCAUUAAAAUGUCGGGGGUACAUAUUUUGUACCCCAUUUCGUUUUUUAAGUCUGGAAUGUGAUAAAACACCAUAUCAAGGUCUAUAUGAAUAUCCAUUAAAAUGUCGAGUAAGUCUAUAUGAAUGUCCAUUACUAAUUCUGGUAAGUGUAUAUGAAUAUCCAUUAAGAUGUCGAGUAAGUCAACUGAUUUAUAUCAACUUUAUGAAUCUAGUUUUUUAUGUUUAUUUAGGUGUAUAUGAAUGUCCAUUGAUAAUUUUGGUCUAUAUGAAUAUCGAUUACAAUUUCUGAUUUGCUCCAAAACCUGGUCAAAAUGAAGGUAUAAAUUUUGGUCGAGAGUAA